GCUCGCGAUCUAAAACGAGAAGAGAUUUCGGGGACUCUAACUGCGCCAUUCUGCUGCGGCACGUCGGGUACGCCGCAGCUGAAGCUGGGUGAGGCCUUCUUGCUGCCGCUCUCGCCCAGGCCUCCGCCGCUGCAGCCACCUCAGCGCCGACCGCCUGCAGCCUCCGCCCUGCCCUGAGCUGCUGCUGCCAUCGCCGCUGCCACCUCCGCAAUCCGGACCUCGGUCGCUGCCACCCAAGCAUCCGUGAGUCAUUGUCUGCCCCUCUCCGGGCGCGCGGUCUCUGCGGUAGUCACCACCUUAAAGAGAUUUGCAGGCUUGCAAGAUGGCAGAAGCAGAUCUUAAAAUGGUCUUGGAAUCUGCCGCCCAGGGCGUUGCCGAAGAGGAGAUGGCUAGCUCGUCUAGUCAUUCUGGGGCAGAAUCUGACUGCACCCCGAGUUGCAGCAGCAGCCCGAGUUGCAGCAGCAGCAGCCCUAGUUGCAGCAGCAGCAGCCCUAGUUGCAGCAGCAGCAGCCCGAGUUGCAGCAGCAGCAGCCCGAGUUGCAGCAGCAGCAGCGGCAGCAACAGCAGCCGCAGCCGCCUAAAUGAAAAGAGGAGCGUACCUGAGCCAUCCAGAAGGGCGCGGCAGGCUCCGGCUGGUCCCAGUUUCCUGGAUAGGCUGCCUCAGGCGGUUAGAAAUCGUGUGCAGGCGCUCAGAAAUAUUCAAGAUGAAUGUGACAAGGUAGACUCCCUCUUCCUAAAGGCAGUUCAUGAUCUUGAAAGAAAAUAUGCUGAACUCAAUAAGCCUCUGUAUGAUAAAAGAUUUCAAAUCAUCAAUGCAGAAUAUGAGCCUUCAGAAGAAGAAUAUGAAUGGAAUUCAGAGGAUGAGGAUUUCAGCAGUGAUGACGAUGAGGAGGAUGAGGAGGAAGACAGCUAUAGUGAAAUGCCUCCCUUAGAGGGUGAGGAAGAAGAAGACCCUAAAGAAAAACCUGACGUGAUGAAGGCUGAAGAGAAGGAAGUUCCUAAAGAAACUCCUGCGGUAAAAGCUGAAGAAAAGGAAGUCCCUAAAAAAAUUCCUGAGGUAAAAGCUGAAGAAAAGGGAGUUCCUAAAGAAAUUCCUGAGGCAAAGGCUGAAGAAAAGGAAGUUCCUAAAGAAAUUCCUGAGGCAAAGGCUGAAGAAAAGGAAGUUUCUAAAGAAAUUCUUGAGGUAAAGGCUGAAGCAAAGGAAAUUCCUAAAGAAAUUCCUGAGGUAAAGGCUGAAGAAAAAGCAGAUUCUAAAGAUUAUAUGGAGGUGACUCCUGAAGUAAAAGAAGAUCCUAAUGGAGUCCGCCAGGCAAAGGUAGAAGAUAAACAGCCUAAAGCAACAGAGGUUAAGGCAAGGGAGGCUCAGAAAAGAGUUCCUGAGGAAAGCCUUAAGGAAAGCGAGAAUUUUAAGAGAGCUAGGAAGGGAAAGCCAAAAACAGAAGAUCCUAAAGGCAUUCCUGACUAUUGGCUGACUGUUUUAAAGAAUGUUGACAAGCUCGGGCCUAUGAUUCAGAAGUAUGAUGAGCCCAUUCUGAAGUUCCUGUCUGAUGUUAACCUGAAGUUUUCAAAACCUGGCCAGCCAGUUAGUUACACCUUUGAAUUUCAUUUUCUACCCAAUCCAUACUUCAGAAAUGAGGUGCUGACGAAGACAUAUAUAAUAAAGUCGAAACCAGAUCACAAUGAUCCCUUCUUCUCUUGGGGAUGGGAAAUCGAAGAUUGCAAAGGCUGCAAGAUAGACUGGAGAAGAGGAAAGGAUGUUACUGUGACAACCACCCAGAGUCGCACAACUGCUACUGGAGAAAUUGAAAUCCAGCCAAGAGUGGUCCCUAAUGCAUCAUUCUUUAAUUUCUUUAGCCCUCCUGAGAUUCCUAAGAUCGGAAAGCUGGAACCACGAGAAGAUGCUAUCCUGGAUGAGGACUUUGAAAUUGGUCAAAUUUUGCAUGAUCAUGUCGUCCUGAAAUCUAUCUUUUACUAUACAGGUGAAGUCAAUGGCACCUGCUGUCAAGAUGGCAAAGAUUAUGGAAACAAGAAAUACCGAAAGUAAGAAAAAGAUGUUGGAAGAUUUUUCAAGAAUCUUAAAAAUUCAAGAAAUGAAGCAAGUUCAUACAGCCUUGAAAAAAGAAAAAGAAGAAAACCUGCCGUGUAAUAACCUGAAUGCUAUUAUUCCUUACAGUCUCGUGUUUUCAUAGUUUCUUGGUAGUCUAUUUAAAAAAAUAAUUGUCCUAAAAAGUGUCUCAGCUUAUUCUAUCUAGCCUAUUGUAGUGUAAUAUUCAAAAUAUGUAAGCUGUUGUCGGUGAUUUAAAGCAUGUUAGUUUGGUGCUACAGAGUUGAUUUUUGUGAAAUUCUUUUGUCAUGUUCCUAUUAGAUUGUAGCUGUGAAAACUGUCAGAAUUGUUAACUGAGACAAAUAUUUGCUUGAAAAAAAACCACAAAAUUUAUGAAGUACCAUUGCAAAUGUUUUUUCUUUUUCCAGCCAGAAGACUAAAAGUUUAAAUCUGCUUGCACUAGCUGUGCCUUUAUUACUUUGCUAUAGAAAUACAGCAUUUAUACUAACUAGAACAGUGUAUUGUGAAAUUUGCUUGAAAAAAGAUUAGCUUACAUUUAAGAAUGUCUGUCAAAACUACAUCUGAUAUGACUGUGAGCUUGUUUAUGUGACUUAGUGGUCUAUAAAUUUAAUCAAUAUGAAGUUAUUGUUUAUCACUGAGGUGUUAAUAUGACAUAGUAUUUUUAAAAAGUGUUUCCUCAUCUUAUAUCGUGUAUUGUAAACUAAAGAUAGCACAUUUUCUUUGUAAUGUGUUCUACUUUGCCUUUAAUGAAUAUCACUUUACAUCAUUUGAUACUGUUUUUCAUGUUAUUUUACUGCAACCUAAAAUAAAUGUCAAAUAAAGUGUGUCAUGCUAUGAAAAUCAA